AAAAUGGGCUUCUGGACUUUGCUCGAAGGUUUGCUGCUCUUUGCCAAUGCUUUAGCAAUACUGAAUGAAGAUAGGUUCCUUGCUCGAAGAGGAUGGACCUUGGCAGAAAUUCAAGGAGGGAGAAGAAAUACGCUUAAGGGGCAGAUAAUUGGGCUCAUACAUGCAUGCCAAUUUUUGAGACUACCACUUAUCCUUUUCAAUAUCAUCACCAUAGUAGUGAAGCUGUUCACUGGUUGAGGUUGAUGAGAGGUGAGAAGAGGUUCAUGGCUUGGGACAUGAAUUAAUCCAUGCAUGUUGUGAUAUGUUACUACUAAACUGUUAGCCCACUCAAGGGCCAUGACCUGUGUGUACAAUACUCAAAAAAGGUAAAAUCAGAGGAAGCUCAUAUGCUAGUAAGACCAUGUUUGCGGCCUAUGCAAUUUAAUUUCAUUGCUACACUUUUGUUUCUUUUUAGUUUUUUGGUUUUGCCUGCUUGACCGUGUUUACUUUCGACAUUAACUGGAGCACCUCAGGUAGGUGCAGGGCUUGGGGCAUUUGACAUCCAAUUAUAAAAGCUCACUAAUAUUAACAUCUU